CAUUGCAAGCUCUUUUCAAAGAGACCGCGCGCAUCAAAACAACGCGUCCGUCCUCAUUGGUCAGCGGCGAGCACGUGCCUUCACAGCUGCUUUCCGUGGAUGGCGUGUUUUCGAAGGAUCAGAUGUUCAUCCUUACCUCGGCGAGGCAUGAAUGCGCCUCUCAUCGUAGUCGAAUCAGCCGUGGCACACUGACACACAACUGCCCCCCCCCCGACAGCAGACCCGCAGUCGUUAUGGCCCAGGCUGCACAGAUGAACGUCCUCGAUAUCGACACUCCUCUCCGAGUGGAGCACGACAAAAAAAGACGACAAUUCAACAUCCGACUGAACGGUUCCCAUGACAGGGCUGUUCUGCUGUAUGAAUAUGUGGGGAAGAAGACAGUGGAUCUGCAGCACACUGAGGUUCCUGAAGCUUACCGAGGACGAGAGAUCGCCAAACACCUUGCCAAGGCUGCAAUGGACUUUGUGGUGGAGGAGGACCUGAAAGCCCAUUUAACAUGCUGGUACAUCCAGAAAUACGUCAAAGAAAACCCUCACCCCCAUUACUUGGAGCACAUCCUCCAUUGAGAGUGAGAGAUGGGGACGAUCUCGAUUCUAAUAGGAUGAUUUGGGAUUGGGUGGGAUGGAUAUCUUUUGGGAUUCCCUAAACUGUCUGACUGGUCUUGAAACUCCACAAAAGAAAGAGAUUUUUUUUUUUUUUGAGUGAAUGCGAUUUAAGAAGGGGAGAGAUCUGAAACUACAAAACGUUUUCGUAGGAAAGAUAAGAGUGUGGACUUUGAGGUGGGCUAGUUUCCCAGUAACUCAAGUGGACUUUUGAGCCAAUCCAGAGAAGUGAGAGGAUUAUGACACCCAUCAUGAACUCAAAAUAUGAAUAGUUUGAUAUGAUCAUAAGAGGUGAUGUUAAAUCACCAUAUGCCUCUCUGGCCUUACACAUUCAGAUUUAGUGGUGCUCACAAGAGAAAUAAACACACGCACUUGUGUUCCCACAUGCGCAGAACGUGCACACUCAGCCUGGCUUGAAGUUUUAGGGGCAUCACAAUCUAACCAUACUGUCAGAAAUGACUGUUUCAUUCUGUGCAUGUUCUAGGCUGAUCUUGUGCUUUUGCAUGUGUGUAUCUGUGUAUACUAUGGCCAGUGAAGAGCUCAGACUCUGGAGACAAUCGCCGGCCCAUAUAUUCGCAGGGCUGAACCUCUCAGGAUGCACACUUUAUAAAAACAAUAAAGCACCUCUGCAUAGAGGAUUCUGUUACAUAUGGUUGGAUGUAUGUGUGUGUGUAUGUGUUGAAUAACCGAAUAUGAGCAUAUGAAUGUCAGUGUGUUACUCCCAAAAUUCCCAGGGGUCUUAUUAAAAGUCAGUUGAUUAACUGCCUUAAGCCAGAUUUAAGCAAGGUUGUUUGCAGGGUAGGCAGCACACGGAGCAGACCAUCAUGCCAUGUUCUGUGCUGACACCAUUGAUGACCAUUGUAUUCCUGGUGAUGAUAAGGAAGGUUAUUUUUUUCAAGUAAAAAAACUGGGCUCUGUUAUGUCAAUUUGUGAUGUAACAGACUAAAGUUACCCGAAAUUCAUCUGUUUUUUCACAC